AGGGGAAGAGGAAAUUGCAGAUUAUGGAUAGCUAUGGAGAAGCAGACCUCGAAAAUUAAUCAGAAAAAAAAAAUUAAAAUAAAAAGUAAAUUAUAAGAGAGAGAGAGGAAAAGAGGAGAGAGAGAGAGAGAGAGAGAGAGGUUGAAGGACAGAGAGAGCAAACGAAAGUUCGAAGCUCCGAAGAUUCGAACUGAGCCACUCAGCUUCAAUUUCUCUUCAAUUUGUCGAGUUCGUCGAAGGUCAGAGUUGAAGCAAUCCCUAUGCUGUUGUUGUUCAAAUGCUAUUGAGCUUAGUCGGCGAGAUUCAAUGUGCUUAAUAUCUCUGCAAUUUGUGCUCUGUUCACACUAUUCAACUUCGCGGAACUCACUGAUCUCUUUCUUUGACUGCGAAAUUCCGUGUUUCGAACUUCCGAGGUUGUGAAUUUUGCUCAAGGAAUGAUGUGUUUGUAUUGGUUUGUGGACUCAAUACGCGUUUCUCGGUAGUUGUUGAGUUUUUUUUCCCGUGUUCUGAACUCGAGUUUGUUUGUUUCGAAGUUAGGGUUUUGAUUUGCGAUUGUUUUGUAAUAGGUUUGAUUUGGUGUUUGAAAAUUUGGCGGGAUUUAGUGAGCCAUGUAGUGAGUUUAACUUCUAGGGUUGUGGUUUGAGAAGUUGCGAUUCGGAGUUGCAUUCUGUGCUUUGUAGCUGGGAAAGGAAAAUGAUCAGUUGGAAAUAUGAUUGCUGCAAUUCUGUUGAAAUCCAUUUCGGGAUUUACUUGAUCUGGUGGGGAUGAAUUUUAGGAAUUUGCUCAAAUCAUGCUGACUCUUGUAGGUUAACCUGCAUUGACUGAUAUGUGGAAGUGAAAAUUUUGUGUGUUUUUUCUUGUUCUUGUUUCGGUGAACUUGAAUAGUGACUGUGCUUCUCUCCGUGUCUGGAAUUGAGUGAUUUGUGAAGGGUGUGUGAAUCUGUCUGCUGAGAAAUGCAACCUCAGCAGAGCUUGAGAAUUGACUUGUGUGAAUUGAAAUCUCAAAUAGUGAAGAAGCUCGGAACUGAUCGGUCGAAACGGUACUUCUUUUACUUGAAUAGGUUCUUGAGUCAAAAGCUGAGUAAGAAUGAGUUUGAUAAGUUAUGUUGUCGUGUACUUGGGAGGGAGAAUCUUUGGCUGCAUAAUCAAUUGAUACAGUCAAUUUUGAAGAAUGCUUGUCAAGCUAAGGCUGCACCACCGAUACCUGCAGCAGGCUAUCCGAAAACUUCGACGCAAGCUGCAAAAAUUUCCCCUGUCAUAGAAGAUGGGAAUGAGGAUGGUGGAGCUGUUUUUCCUACUUCCACUCAAGGUAUUCCCAUUUGGUCCAAUGAAGGUUUUCCUGUGUCCCCAAGAAAGUGCAGGUCUGGGAUACGCGACCGCAAGCUCAAAGAUAGGCCGAGUCUACUUGCGCCAAACUUGAAGGUUGAAUGUAUCUCACCUCAAUCAGCAUGCAAGGAAGAUGGCAGCUGUAGGAUCAUGUUGGAUAAUGGCAAUGCAACUUCGUGUGACUAUCAGAGACCAGUGCAGCAUCUGCAAGGAGUUUAUGAACUACCUGAAAACAACAUUGAGGCUAGAGUUCAGCGACCAUCAGGGAAGCAAGUUCUACAGAUGCAGGUUGAAGGAACCAAGGUUGAAGACAGGGAAGAAGCGAGACAGUCAAAUCGAUCGAGUUUACUUCGGAGUCGAUUACUUGCACCUCUUGGUAUUCCUUUUUGCUCAGCUAGUAUCGGCGGGGCUCACAAAACAAGGCCUGUGGAUUGUGGGGGCAAUUUUAGCUUCAGUGAUAUGGGUCAUUUGUUGGAUACUGAGUCGUUAAGACGACGCAUGGAACAAAUUGCUGCAGUACAGGGCCUAGGCAGUGUUUCUGCAGAUUGUGCUAAUAUUUUGAACAAGGUGUUGGAUGUAUAUUUGAAGCAGCUAAUCAGGUCUUGCGUUGACUUGGUUGGAGCAUGGCCUGCAUUUGAGCCUGAGAAGCCUCUUGCCCAUAACCAGCAAAUUCAGGGGAAGGUUAUCAAUGGCAUGUUGCCAAAUAAUCAAUUACACAGGCUACAUAGCAAUGGAAAUGGAGAAGUUGUGCACGAGCGCAGAUUACACUGCUCGAUAUCGUUGCUCGACUUCAAGGUAGCAAUGGAGCUUAACCCAAAGCAACUUGGGGAAGACUGGCCUCUGCUACUGGAGAAAAUUAGUAUGCGUGCAUUCACGGAAUGAAAAGACUGAUAUUUCUGUUUAUCCCAACAUCGGUUUGGCUCACCUGUCACGGUUCACACGGUCCAGUGGGGUCGAGAAUGGAUCUCAAAGACCUCUCAGCUCUUCUCAAUUGUGAGUACCCAUAUUGCUCAAAACUUGAUAAAAUCUCUGGCUUGCAAGUAUGACAAGCAGAUCAAACAUCAAACGGACGUUUGUUCUUAAGAAUCAUUUAACUGUGACUAAGCUUGGAUGCUGUCAGUCAGAAUCCCCAUCAGUGAUGCUUCACAUCUCGACAGGCUGCAGCCAUGAUUCAAGGAUCUCAAGCUUUUCGUGUAAAUUUGAUCAUCGAGGAAAUAUACAAAAUUUUGCAGAGAUACACAGUUCGUAGCUUGGUGAGAGGUAAUUACUGGUGCAAGAACUUAGUGUUCCUAUUUGUGUAUUUAAAUCUUAGAAUUGAUUUGAUUUCAUAUGAAUAACUCAUCAACAGACAACAAUCUGCAGAUAGUAUCCUCUGUAUUUCAUGCUUCUUUUUUUCUUUGUUAGAUAGAAAGAUGCAGAUGCUAUAAAAUGAUAUAGCAUUUCCAUUCUCUAAAGAUCUGUGUCCAAAAUGUUCCACAUUUAUAAUGCAAUAGUCAGCCACACUUCGAUUCUGCUUCAA